AUGGGAGGCAAUGGCGGCGAAGAUGGAUGCGUGCGGUAUCAUCCUUUCAAGUCCUACCACCCUGCAUAUCUGUCCCCUUGUCUCAGGAGAAGAUUCAACAGCUCUGUGAGCCUCCCAUCUCUUGUGAACAUUGGACUAGCUUUGAGGGAGCCCUCGUAUGACCGUUUCAGACUGCAGGUUGAGAUGUUUGCCAGACUGUACCAGAGUUUUGUCGGAGGACACCUGGCAUCUGAUCUUGCACCCUAUGAU